AUGACGAAACGCACCGACACAUCGACCUCUCAAACUGCUAGUGCAAGUGUAACCCAACAAGAACCAACUUUUAAGCCGGGAAAGAAGAAGUCAGAGGUGUGGAAACACUACCACUAUAAAAUGAAUGAAGAUGGCUCCUACGUCUUGCCUGUAAAAGCCGUUUGUAACUAUUGCAGACAAAAGGAAUAUCAUUGUGGGUCAAUGAGUUAUGGUACAACAAACAUGAGAUAUCAUGUUUACAAUGCUUGUCUGCAAUCUCCAGUUUUGUUGGAUAAGAGCAAUCAAACUCAGUCGGUCUUGACAAAUAGCACCAAAGGCGAACUUAUUCCACUGCACUAUGAUAAGGAUUAUGCAAGAAAGAAGUUGAUUCAGAUGAUAAUCAUAGAUGAACUUCCAUUUAAUAUGGUAGAAGGAGCUGGAUUUCGAGCUUUUUGA